GUAUGCCCCGUUGAAUCCAGAAGAAGAAUCUACAAAAAAACCAUAGCACAGAAGGAGGAGGUUGUGAAGAAGAAAUUCUGGGUGAAAUUCUUGAAGAAGAACCCAUCAUUGCAUGCUUUGAAGUCCCCUUUCAAGACUUCGCAUACAAGACGGGGGGAGAAGACACAGAAAGGAAAAACACCACUAGACCUACCCGAUGGUCUCUAAGAAAAUCCAAAGCCACCCAGCACACAACGAAUCCGGUAGAAGAGAAAGCGGAAGUCCAAGAGUUCGAGAAAAAGAAGAAACAUAUGAAGCCUCAAUCUGAAACAAAGAAGAGAAAAGAAAGAGAAGCUUGCUCCUCACCAAAAUCUCCUGUUAAGAAAUCAAAACUUCUAACAGAUGCUCCAUCCUCAUCUACGCAAGGAAGGGAGACCAUGAGCUCCAAAAUUUCAAACACAGGCUGCAAUUCAGGGAAGCUCUCUAUUAAAUCUUUUUCUUCUACUACUGCAAAAUCUUUCUUUUCUGAUGUUGUGAAGAAAUCCAUUAUACCACAAAGGAAUCUUGAUGUGCCUGACUUUAGCAAGAAAACAAACUUGUUGCCCAUACUCCACUCAAAGAAACUGUUUAAAUAUGUUAUUCCAGCUGGUUCUUAUGUGAAGAAAGUAGUUCAAGAGUUUUUCUACAAUUUAUUUGAGUCAUGUGUUACUGAUGAUGUUCCUUCAUACCACAAAGUCUUUGUUCGUGGAAAGCUUUAUGAUUUCUCACCCUCUGUAAUAAACAACUUCCUUGGCACUACCCCCAAUCCUGCAAUCUCCCCUUUUGCUGAAGAAACUGUGUGGAAUGAGCUCACAAAUGGACUUAGGGACUACCAACAUGGGAAAUCCAAAGUGCCAUCCUCUGUGCUGAAAAGCUUAUAUGCUCUCCUUCUUAAAACUGCUGCUUUUCACUGGCUUCCAACCACUCACACUAACAUAGUACCUCUGUGCAUGGCCAACCUAAUCUACAAAAUAAAAAAUAAUGCUCCUUUUGAUCUAGUAGCUGGAGCAUCCUCAACACCUACACAAAACCCAACUUCAGUAAAUUAUCAGCUCAGCUUUCUAGACAAUGAGAUCAAGGCACUUCAGAUGGAUGCAGAUUAUCACAAUGAAAUUGCUCAAAAGGCUACUGAGAGGAGAAUCAUGCUCAUCCAUAUUGCAAACAACCUGAUACAAACAAGGGGUGCCAGGAGACAGGGGGAGAGUCUGACAAAACAGAGAACAGUUGCUGAUACUGAGGAAAAUAGCCAGGAAGAUAGUGAGAAGGAGUUUCAAUCAUCAUUAGCAGCAUCUGAAGAGGACACCCAAGAGUCUGCUAGGAAAUAAAUGCAGAGGAAUAAACACUCUUUGUGGGG